UAUAAACGUUUUCUUUUAUUGCUUAUUUAUAUUUAUAAUUAAAUUUUAAUAUAAUAAUAUGCAAUUAAUGCACAUAUAUUUAAAUUGGAAGUGCUUUUCGUAAGAGAUUUUCAGAGUAGAGUUCUUUCCCAGUGAAAAUAUUGAAGCAUUAUUUUUUAUUUACAUUGAAUUAGUUUAAGUAAUAAUUUUGAUUAGUAUAAGCGAAGAUUUUUUUCGAAUUAAAUUUUGGAGAGCUAAUAAAUAACAAAACUAUAUUCUUGAGUUAAUUUCAGAUAAAGUUUAUUUCAAGAAAGAUGUUUAAGACAAGACAUAAUUAAUUAAGAUGUAUUACAUUUAAAAAGUUGGAAAGUUGCAAUAAAUGAUUUCCAUUUUCUCUAAAGAAUAAAACACUUGACUCUAAAAAUCAUAAUUUAAAUUAGCUAAAUAAUCUGUUAGUAAGAAAAACCUUUUUUUUUUAAAAUAAAAACUGUACAAGUAAUAUCGAUACAAAACAUGUCAAUUUUAGAUACCAAUACUUGCCGUCGUUAUUUUAUUGUCUUACAUCACAUUAUUCAUCGAUAUCAUUACGGUAUCAAUAUCGAUGCCCGACAAUCUCAUUAUCGGCUGUGACAAUUAUUAUUCCAAGUGCAAAGGGUUAAAUAGCAAUGACUGCACACUCGCCCGCGAAACGGUUGCACAAUAAAGCGGAAUCAUCGUAGAAGGCACGCGCGAUCUGGACUUUACGCGUGAGGCAUGCGUGCAAGCUCUCCCAUAUAUAAAUACUCGUGUGUCAGUGGGAAAAUCUCAGUCAACCGAUACUUGGUGCUCGUGUAGCUUCUUCUCUCCCGUCCACCGGAAUCGUCUCUAUUCCAAAACCAGGAGUUUACCACGUGAUUGCCUUUCGAAAGGAACGAAGCUUCGAAAGUUGGAAAGAAAAAGGAUAAAGAUUUCACUUUCGAAGAAAAUCCUGUCUGCGCCGGCACACAUCCUUCUCCGAAGAUAAAUUUAUAAAGAGAAGAAAAUCCAAGAAGAUAGAUUGGUGGUAAUUUCACUUUUAGAAAGAACUUCACGUCGGAAAAGGAACAGGAAGAAAUUGUUAUCCUUCCUGCGCUCUUGAUAUCUUCAGUUUCAUCGAGCUAGUGAUCUAGUGUAAAAUAGUUUCUUCAGUGAAGAAUUCAAUGAGAUCGAGUCUUCAUAAGUUCAGUAAUCAAUAACGAUCGAUUUGUUGCAGCCAGGGAUCGCUGAUCCGGUAAAACUUGCGAGUGGACGAUCCAUUUUGACUUCGCUUUUGGGCUAGAAACCGAUGAUGAAAGGCAGACCGAGGGGAUCGCUUGUAAGGUUCUUAAUUCUGAUCCUGACGGCGGUGAAUCAGGGGAUGGUGGUUCUGACGGCUCACCACGGCGGUCAUCAUCAGCAGGUCCCGAGGAGGAUACAUCUGCCGCGCGCGAUGGAGGCUACCAAGAAGUUCCUCUGCAAAGAGCCCCAAUCACGAGCCUACAAUCUGAGAGACCUGGUGCACACUAUGCAUUCUAGCGAGAUCGUGGAACAGCCGAUGUACAUUGUAGUGAAGAAGUGCGACAGUCAUUCGGGCUGUUGCGUCAGUCCCGAUCUCAGCUGCGCGCCGGUGCAGUCGUCGAUCUAUCACGAGGAUAUGGAGGUCGAGGUCUGGAGUCUGCUGACGAACAGCACGAGGCGGGUGUGGAUCAGGAUCGAACAGCAUGGCAGGUGUAGCUGCGAGAUUAGCAGCGUUAGCGAGAGACUUAGGGAGGACACUCGACUACCUAAUAUAAAGAUUCUUUGAUCCUUAAGGUUCCUUGGAUCCUAUAGAUUCAGCAUCGAGGCAGAAGACUACAAGUGGAUCGAUCAGCAACCGACUGAUCAGCUUGCAUUUCAGUAGACGAUUCUGGAAGAAGAGUAAUGUCAAUUGCAGUUGAUUAAUCAAGACUAGGACUGAUUUUUAAAAAAUUUUUAUACCUUAAUUUUUUAAGAUGCGUGUCGAGGUAGGACGAAGACUAGAAA